AUGGUUGAUUUUCUCCGAAAGGCAGGUAUGGAAGUUUCUGUCAUAAAAUUCAUUCAUAAACCUGAAGAUACUACAAUAUUACUAUCCCAAACAGUGAAUGUGAGUUCUUCUAUUGUUAAAGCAGAGGAGAUAUCAGAUUUAUCUAAUGCUUUUAUUAUCAAUCAUGAGACUGCUGAAUUAUUGGAGAAUAAACCAAAGAAAACUUUAGAAGAGAUGCACUCUUUAGACCAGUAUCAUAUUGUGGAUUGCUAUGGAGUUUCACCUGAAUUACUAACCGAAGACUUUAUCUCAAAAUAUGGGAAUUACAAUCACAUGAAAUGGUUUAGAGUUUAUAAGCAACUAUGA